AUGAGUAGCGAAUUCUUGGCGGAGCUGCAUUGGGACGAUGGGUUUGCUAUCCCGGUGGCAAAUGAGGAGAACAAGAUACUGGAAGAUCAGUUGUCAAAGCUGCAGGAGGAAAGGUCAAGCUUGCAAGAUCAGCUACGUGACUAUGAAGAUCGAAUUAAUGCUAUGACUUCUCACUUCAAAAAUGUUAAGCAAGAAUUUUCAUUUACACAGUCUCUUUGUAAAGCCAGGGAGCAUGAGAUUGAAAGUGAAGAGCAUUUUAGGAUCAUUGCUGAAAGAGAACUGGGACGAGUGAAGGAUGAAAUCCAACGACUGGAAAAUGAAAUGGCUUCAAUACAGGAAAAGAAAAGUGAUAAGGAAAAUAACAUAUUUAAAACUACUCAAAAAUUGGAUGGUUUGAAAUGUCAGAUGAACUGGGACCAGCAAGCAUUGGAAGCCUGGUUAGAAGAAUCAGCUCAUAAAGAUAGUGAUGCCCUCACUCUUCAGAAGUAUGCACAACAAGAUGAUAAUAAAAUUAGGGCACUGACCCUGCAAUUAGAAAGACUGACUUUGGAAUGUAAUCAGAGAAGAAAGGUACUUGACAACGAACUUACAGAGACUCUAAGUGCACAGUUAGAAUUGGAUAAAGCAGCACAAGAUUUUCGUAAGAUUCAUAAUGAAAGACAAGAACUCAUUAAACAGUGGGAGAACACAAUAGAGCAGAUGCAGAAGAGAGAUCGAGACAUUGAUAAUGGUGCCUUGGCAUUAGCAAGGAUAAAGCAGGAAAUAAGAGAAAAAGAAAAUUUGGUUAAAGAAAAGAUCAAGUUUUUGGAAAGUGAGAUUGGGAAUAACACAGAGUAUGAGAAAAAAAUUUCUGUUGCUGAUCGUAAACUUUUAAAAUGUAGAACGGAGUAUCAGCGUCAUGAAACUAACAGAAAUCAGCUGAAAGAUGAGCUGGAUUCUUUAAAAGCCACUGUGAAUAGAAGUUCCAGUGAUUUAGAAGCUAUGAGGAAAAAUAUUUCCAAAGUAAAGAAGGACAUUCAUGAAGAAGCAGCAAGGUUACAGAAAAUUAAAAAUCAUAAUCAGAUUGUAAAAAAAAAAUUAAAGCAGAUAACUGAGAAAACAAUGUCUGUAGAAGAAAAAGCUACCAAUUUGGAAGAUAUGCUAAGGGAGGAGGAAAAAAGUGUAAAGGAAGUGGAAGUUCAAUUGAACAUAGUGAAAGAUGUGCUAUUUAAGAAAGUUCAGGAAUUACAGACUGAGACAAUGAAAGAAAAAGCUGUUGUAUCAGAAAUUGAAGGAACUCGUUCCUCUCUAAAGCACCUCAACCAUCAGUUACAUAAACUGGAUUUUGAAACCUUGAAGCAGCAAGAAAUUAUGUACAGUCAGGAUUUUUACAUUCAACAAGUGGAACGCCGAAUGUCUCGGUUAAAAGGAGAAAUUAAUUCAGAAGAAAAACAAGCCCUUGAAACAAAAAUUGUUGAACUUAAAAAGACAUUGGAAGAGAAAAAAUCUACAUUUGGCCUUUUGGAAACACAGAUCAAGAAGCUUCAUAAUGAUCUUUAUUUUAUCAAGAAGUCAAACAGUAAAAAUUGUGAUGAAAAACAGUUCCUCAUGACCAAAAUAAAUGAACUAAACCUUUUCAGUGACAGAUCAGAGAAAGAACUUAAUAAAACCAAAGCUUUGAAACAGGAUUUGAUGAUAGAAGACAAUCUUUUAAAACUUGAGGUUAAACGUACUAGAGAAAUGCUUCACAGUAAGGCAGAAGAAGUACUUUCUCUGGAAAAAAGAAAACAGCAAUUACACACAGCUAUGGAAGAACGAAUUGAAGAAAUUAAAGUUCACAAAACAAUGCUUGCUUCACAAAUAAGAUAUGUUGAGCAAGAACGGCAGAACAUAAGUGCUGAGUUUCAUGAGAGGCUAAGUAAAAUUGAUAAGCUGAAGAAUAGAUAUGAAAUUCUUACUGUUGUAAUGCUGCCUCCUGAAGGAGAAGAGGAGAAAACACAGGCCUAUUAUGUGAUAAAGGCUGCUCAAGAAAAAGAAGAACUUCAAAGGGAAGGUGACAGUUUGGAUGCUAAGAUCAACAAAGCUGAAAAAGAAAUCUAUGCUCUAGAAAACACCUUGCAAGUGCUGAGAAGUUGCAACAACAAUUACAAACAAUCUUUUAAAAAAGUGACUCCAUCUAGUGAUGAGUAUGAACAAAAAAUCCAACUAGAAGAACAAAAAAGAGCUAUUGAUGAAAAAUACAGAUACAAACAAAGACAAAUCAGGGAACUACAGGAAGAUAUCCAGAGCAUGGAAAAUACUUUAGAAGUUAUAGAACAUUUAACAAAUAAUGUCAAAGAAAAAUUAUCAGAGAAGCAGGCUUAUUCAUCUCAACUAAAUAGAGAAACUGAGGAGCAGAAGCCAAAAUUAGAGAGAGUAAUUAAACAGUGUGCAAAACUCACCAAGGAAAUCCGACUUUUGAAAGACACAAAAGAUGAAACACUAGAAGAAAAAGAUAUCAAACUUCGUGAAGUGAAACAUUUCCACAAGAUCAUUGAUGAAAUGCUAGUUGAUGUCACAGAAGAAAAUGCUGAGAUCCGUAUUAUCCUUCAAACAUACUUUCAACAGAAUGGUUUAGAACUACCUACAGCUGGUACAAAAGGCAGUCGCCAGAGUUCUAGAUCUGCUUCACAGACUUCACUGUUAUCAACAAGGUCAUCCAGAAGUUCCACAAGUACUGCCUCUCAGACUUCAAUUAAAGUAUUAGAGCUGAACUUCCCAGCCUCCUCUUCAGGGACUGGCAAUAUUUCUAGGCCACCAAGUGCGCCCAGUAGCUCCAGUAAUGGUAAAAACAAAAAGGGCCGCAAAUAA